AUGAAGCAGCAGCAAGCAGCAACAGCAACCGCCGCAGCCCAGGCCCACGGCCCCGGCCCCGGCCCUCGGUCCCUCAGCCCCCACAAGCAGCCCACCGCCCUUUUUCAGGCCGGCUCGGGGGUCCCAGGCCUUCCUCAGCAAGCUGUCGGGCUCUGCUGGUGCGAGAACCCCCAGCAACCGGCAUCAUCAACCUGGAGCCAGAAUGGCAGGAGUUUCUUGGUGUUGGAUGAGCAGAGAUUCGCAAAAGAGAUUCUUCCCAAGUACUUCAAGCACAACAACAUGGCAAGCUUUGUCAGACAGCUGAACAUGUAUGGCUUCCGGAAAGUUGUCCAUGUUGAUUCUGGGAUUGUCAAACUGGAGCGAGAUGGCCCAGUAGAAUUUCGGCAUGCAUAUUUUAGACAGGGCCGAGAGGACUUGUUGGAACACAUUAAAAGGAAGGUUUCAUCUUCGAGACCUGAAGAAAACAAGAUACGUCAGGAAGAUCUCUCCAAGAUAAUAUGUAGUGCUCAAAAGGUGGAAAUUAAACAAACGACUAUUGAAUCUCAGUUGUCUCUGUUGAAGAGGGAGAAUGAAUCCCUUUGGAGGGAAGUGUCAGAACUGAGAACAAAACACUUGCAACAACAGCAAGUUAUUCGAAAGAUUGUACAAUUCAUUGUUACCUUGGUGCAGAAUAACCAACUAGUGAGCCUAAAACGCAAGAGGCCUCUACUUUUGAACACUAAUGGACCUACAAAGUCAAAUGUAUUUCAGAAAAUUGUGAAAGAACCAGCUGACAGCAGCCACCAUGUACCUCUCAACAGAAAUGAGGGCUUAAAACAAAGAGAACAGAUUUCAGAUGACAUUGUUAUUUACGAUGUCACUGAGGAUGUGGCUGAUGAAGAAAAUCCCAUGGGUGAUGAAGAAAAUUUUCCUGUUACACCAGAAACAAAUGAAGAUACCACUUCAGAUUCUUCCAACUGUAGUUGUAGCUAUCCUUCUCCCGAUAUUGUAAUUGUGGAAGAUGAUAACGAAGAUGAAUACGCCCCUGUAAUUCAAGGGGAUAAAAGCACCGAAUCAGUUGCUGUCCCAGAAGAUCCAGUCUCAGUGAUGGAUUCCAUACUCAGUGAAAAUGGAGUAAUUUCACAGAAUAUAAAUCUUCUUGGAAAAGUUGAACUUCUGGAUUAUCUUGACAGUAUCGACUGCAGUUUAGAGGACUUCCAGGCUAUGUUAUCGGGACGACAGUUCAGCAUAGAUCCAGAUCUCCUGGUCGAUCUUUUUACAAGCUCUGUGCAGAUGAAUCCCACAGAUCAUGAUCAUAUCGCUAAUACCAAAACAGAGACAAAGGGAAAAGAAACUAACAAGAAUAAUGCUGGUCCAGCAGCUUCACAGGAAACACAAGCUACUAAGCCCAGAUCAGAUAAGCAGCUGAUACAUUACACUGCAUUUCCACUCCUUGCAUUCCUCGAUGGGAACCCAGGCUCCACUGUUGAGAGUGGGAGCUUCACAGCUGAAACUCCUUCCACUGUUGACAAGUCCCUGGAAGGCGAUGAGCUCCUGGAGAGCAGCCUGGAUCCUGAGCCCACCCAGAGCAAACUGGUGCGUCUGGAGCCACUGACAGAGGCAGAGGCAAGUGAAGCCACGCUGUUCUACCUAUGCGAACUUGCUCCAGUGCCCAUGGACACAGAUAUGUCGUUUUUGGAUAACUGAUGCGAGGGGGACUCUGUAUAUAGUCAUGAAGAUGAACUAUUUAUUUAGAAUAUUGUUUGGUAUGAGAGUUUUUUGUAAAUCACUGUUUUAUGUAACCAGGUAUGUGGAAUCUAAAGUACCUUUCCUAUCCUCCUACAAGCAAUUGUUUAGUUACACUGUUAGACAAGCCACCAGGCACGGCUGGCAGUACUAGUCAGAGUGCUGCUGCACUGCUGUGAACACUUGUGUUGCACACAUUGCUAAGUACCCAACACUGGUAAGUAGUAAGCUUUCAUUUAUGGUUUCUUAUACUUCUGGUCUUAUAUAUGAUGACAUAAACUAGUAGUGUAUGGUUAGGGAACACCUACUUUCUGUAUUUUGGGUUUUUUAUUUUUUACAGCAUUUUGUCUAACACAUGAAGCUUUUUUGGGGUGGGGGGACCAGGACCUGAUGUAGGCUUUUUUUUUCCCUGCUUGAACUGGGAACAAAGUGCCUGUACCUUGCUAAAUCUUGGUUCUGCCUUACUUUCACUUCAGUGGAAGUGCUCACAGAUAGCACAAACUGGGGAAAAGUUCUUGACAGCCACCAGGCCCCAUGACUGCAUGAGUACUUUUAACUUGGACCAUUUAUGCUGAUAAAAUAAAUGUUACUUAAGUGUGAUACUA